AGCGUGACCAGCACAUGCUAAUGGCCGGCAUGCUGGAAAGUAACCAAAAACAAUCGGCGUCAUAUGCGGUCGACCCACUGUCAGAAAGUUGGUGAAUGGUGAUUAAUUUAGUAGAUCUUUGGCCUUUGGUUUGGUCGUCGCAGCAUUUCGCCUUCCCCUUUCUUAACUUGGUUGCGACUUCCUUACUUAGCUUAGCUCUCUCACCUUGUCCUUACUCCGAACCCAACUUCCUCUUUUACUUCGCUCCCCGGCCAAUCCUCUCAAUCAACAAAAGCUCGAGACUUUGUCUUCAACCCACCCUUUUUUGCCGGCCAAAGAUGGUUUCUUUGGCCCGGGCUCUGGCGGUUUCCUACCCCGCCGGAUGCCCCUGCACUAAUACUAACGCUCCUCGCCGGUGGAGCCCCGGCCGGUUAAUUACUCUGAAGGAUCCUAAAUCGAGAUUGAAAUGGCGAUCCAAGGCGGCGGACUCCGAUAAUACACCUCCUCCUCCUCUUCCUUCCACUCCCGCCGCUCCCGUUGACGCCGCGGACUCUGCUGCUGCUGGAUUUUGCAUAAUAGAAGGGCCGGAAACGGUACAGGACUUCGACAAGAUGGAAUUGCAAGAGAUUCAGGACAAUAUUCGGAGCCGCAGGAACAAAAUCUUCCUGCAUAUGGAGGAGGUUCGACGGCUGAGGAUACAGCAGAGGAUAAAGAGCGCCGAAGUUGGAAUCUCCGAUCAAGAACCAGAGAGUGAUCUCCCUGAUUUCCCUUCCUUCAUCCCCUUCUUGCCUCCUCUGACUGCAGCGAACCUUAAGGUGUAUUAUGGCACUUGCUUUUCGCUCAUCUCUGGGAUCAUCAUCUUUGGUGGCCUCUUAGCCCCAACUCUGGAGCUGAAGCUGGGAUUAGGAGGCACCACAUAUGCCGAUUUCAUCACUAGUAUGCAUCUCCCCAUGCAGUUGAGUCAGGUGGAUCCGAUAGUGGCAUCGUUCUCCGGUGGAGCAGUUGGAGUGAUCUCGGCAUUGAUGGUGGUUGAAGUGAACAAUGUGAAGCAGCAGGAGCACAAGAGAUGCAAAUAUUGUAUUGGCACUGGGUAUCUUGCUUGUGCUCGAUGUUCAAACACUGGAACCCUCGUCCUAAUUGAACCGGUUUCAACGACAGUCGGUAGUGGAGGAGACAAACCACUGUCAGCACCCAAAACAGAAAGGUGCCCUAAUUGCUCUGGGUCGGGAAAAGUAAUGUGCCCUACGUGCCUCUGCACUGGUAUGGCUAUGGCGAGCGAGCAUGACCCACGAAUCGACCCAUUUGAUUAAAAUUGUGAGCUUUGCAUGGAAAGGAAACAAUCUUUUGUAUGCAACCCUGUAAUGUAAUGUAAGGUCUUUCGGUUGCGCCUGCACUAAGAUAUUCUUCUCGUGCCACGCAACGAUGUUGUAUAUUCAUAUGGCCAUCUGGUCGAAUAGCCGAGCUGAAUCAGGUAAUGAUCUUGUAAAGAUGUGACUAAUAAAGUGGUUUCUUUUUUCCUUUUUGUGUGUCGACUGAUAUGGGUGGAUGCCUCAACUAUUCUGGAAGUGUGAGUAAUGGCGCGUAAUUCCAUGACAUGCCCUUGAUGAAAUCAUACUAUCUGCAGUUUACUCGACUGGAAAGAAACAACAUGGCAGUUACGCUGACAAGGGUUGUAAGUACUGUUCAGUCGACUGGAAGUCACAAUGAUUUAUACUGUUCAGUCGAAUGGCAGGCAUGAAGCAGAUGUGCAAUCUGGAAAUCCAGGGUAAUUGUAAAAUGUUCACCUGUUCAGGUGCUGGAGCAGAUGUACUCCUGGAGUUCUCGGUCCUCAGUUUCUGGAAGUGUUCCUGCCAAAUGGGCAGACAAAAGUACUGAGCUGAAGUUAGUCUCUACUCGACGGCUCGGAACCAACGGUGCCAUUCUAGAGUAUAAUGAUAAGAGCUAUGAGAAAGGGAGCUGCAUUUUAAACCUGUUUCUCUCGCAUGAUAUGAGCUUGUUUCUUACUUGCAAAGAGAAUUCAUUUAUAUGGUUUGCAUAUUCAAACACAGAGGGCCUACGUAAGUUUGAGACUAUAUCUAAUGCUUGUACGGGAACAUUCAGAGAAUAUCAAGGUGGCAGGCCUAACCUUGUGUUUGGUUUUCUUUCACUCUCAAGCGUUCAUCAAUCACAAAUACCACCUGUAAACCGUAGAGGUAUUUAUUUGAACAGACUUCCAGGUUACCACACUACUACUGACAAUAGCAACCUCGUAGGAGUUUGAAAGGAAUGCGAAUCUACGAAACGCCUUACUUUUACUUUUUCAAAGUCAAUAUGCAGGUAGCUACAAAGUCUGACAAUUAUUAUUAUAGAUAACCAUAAUUGUGUAGUUAGACUUUGGAUGUACUGUAGUUCUUAAAAAUUUCGAAUUGAUUGGGGUCCUUAUAAAAGAUGGUAUCGAAGAAAGUAUGAGGUCCUAUAUUUCAAAAAUCAUACUAAAACACAUAUAUUUAAAGGGUUUUAAUACCCAAUUUUUCGCUAAGUGGGGUCCUAGGACCCCCUCCUCAAGCUCUCUCUGCCACUGGAUGACCACAUUAAAACAUUGUGAUGUCC